CAUGGCGGUUACGUUGCUUGCAUGAGAGUGCAGUUGAAACCGCAGAGAAGUUCAGAUAGUUUAAGUCGAUUUCAGUGAUUGAGAGUCCGUUUAAGCAGAUAAGCAUCUGUGCGCUACAGAUAUCGGCUUUUGGGAAUGAAGGGAAAAGAGCGAUCGCCGGUGAAGAAACGCUCCCGGGCGCUAGAUGAUAGCAGGGACCGAGGAGGGAGCCACCCGGGCGGCAAGAAGAUCGGAGCCCUGUCGACGGUUGGUAGCAACAACGGCAACGGCUCCACACAAAGCGGCGCUUCUUCCCGGAGAAGUUUACAAAGCGAGAAAAGAGACAUGAGGGAAUCCGGUGAACAUAAUUCAUCUAGUAGGACCGGUAGCGGUUACGACUACGGAGUUGUUUCGGGGAACAAGCCACACGUUGGCGCUGACAGCGCCGCGGAAACAUCCAGGUCCGGUUCACGCAGCGACUCGCGGCCUCCCUCAAACCCUGAAAGUGAGUACAGGACUCUCAAAAUAAGUGAACUGGGCUCCCAGCUGAAUGACGAGGAGAUAGAGGACGGGCUGUUUGACGAGUUUAAGAAGUUUGGGGACGUGAGUGUUAAAAUCAGUCGAGAAAACGACGAGAGGGUGGCGUUUGUGAACUUCAGGAGCCCCGAUGCCGCACGGGCGGCCAAACACGCCCGCGGAAAGCUGGUGCUGUACGACCGGCCUCUGAAAAUAGAGACAGUGUACAUGAACAGACGCAGAAGCCGCUCCCCUAUUUCAAAGGACAAUUUCCCCCCAGGACACAGGCAUCUCCACUCUCAGAGAGCUCUAUCUCCCAGUGGUGUGGGGUACAGAGACUACCGGUUACAGCAGCUGGCUCUGGGCCGUCUCCCCCCUCCCCCUCCUCCGCCACCUCACAUAAGAGAUCUGGACAGAGAGAGAGACUUUUCUAUGUAUGAGGCCAGAAAUAGACCACCGUUCAUCCCCGAAUGUGCUGUUUUCCGCGAUGAGGACCUGACGACCCCUGAAGAUGACCAAAGGGCAAACAGGACUUUGUUUCUUGGCAAUCUGGACGUCAGUGUGACAGAGAGUGACCUGAGGAGGGCGUUUGACAGGUUUGGGCUGAUUACAGAGGUGGACAUAAAGCGGGCAGUGAGAGGCCAGAGCAGCACCUAUGGAUUCAUCAAGUUUGAGAAUCUCGACAUGGCUCAUCGUGCCAAAGUAGCAAUGUCGGGGAAAGUUGUGGGCCACAACCCCAUCAAAAUCGGAUAUGGUAAACCCACGCCCACGACCAGGCUGUGGGUGGGGGGGCUUGGACCCUGGGUUCCACUUGCUGCACUGGCCAAGGAGUUUGACCGUUUUGGCACCAUUAGGACUAUAGACUACAGGAAAGGUGAGGCGUGGGCUUACAUCCAGUAUGAAAGUCUGGAUGCUGCUCAGGCUGCAUGUAUUCAUAUGAGAGGCUUCCCUCUCGGUGGCGCUGACAGGAGGCUCAGGGUGGACUUUGCAGACACAGAGCAUCGCUACCAGCAGCAACAGUUCAUGCAGCUCCCUCUACCCCUGCCGCACUAUGACUUAGUCCCCGAGCCCUUCGCCCAUCGUCUUACUGACUCGGUGAGAGUGAGAGAGAGGUCCCCUCCACUUCCUGCUCGCUUCAGAGACAGGGAUCUCUACUCCACUGCUGAAUGGCCCAGUCUGGGUGUCCACGACAGAAUGCGAGGAGCAAGCUUUGAUCCCAUAGAUCGUCUGGAGAGGCGUUCACGAGAGACCUGGGCAAUAGAGCAUGAGCGGGAGUUGCAAAACUUAAGCCGCAAAAGGAGACAUUUGGAUGAUGGCUGGCGGCUGGAUCGCUCACCCGACAGCAGUGACUAUGGUCUGCGUCGGCAUGGCAGCUCACUAGAACGCAGCCCUGGAGGGAGCAGCCGAGAUGGCGGACGCUACAGUGACCCUGAACGCCUGCCUCGCUCUGGCAAGCCCUCUCCUGUCAGAGAGCGGCAAAACAGCCAGGACACUGGCUUUGGAGACAAGAAAAGGAGAACACUUAGCCCAGCUGAACCAGGCUCAUUCAUAGAUAAGGACCGCAAGCGCAAAGCCAGUGACUCAUCUAAGAGCCCAGGGAGGAAGGAGGAUCGCUCAGAACACCCUUCCUCCUCCUCCAAGUCUAACCAUCAGUCUAAGGUGACUGGAGGACAGAAGCUGAGUCAGGCCUGGCAGGGUGUCCUCCUGCUAAAGAAUAGCAGCUUUCCCACAUCACUGCAUCUGCUUGAUGGGGACAUGGCAGUGGCUACCAGUCUUCUGGUGGAUGGCGCCACAGCGGGUCAGGUGUCCCAGCUGAAGAUCAGCCAGCGCCUGCGCCUGGACCAGCCCAAGUUGGACGAAGUCUCUCGUCGCAUCAAGGCCGCCGGCUCCAGCGGAUUCUGCGUCCUCCUGGCCGUGCCCGGAAAGGACGGAGGGGCCCAGGACGCCAGCAGCUCCACCGAGAGACCACUGAAGAACCUGGUGUCCUACCUAACCCAGAAGGAGGCAGCCGGCAUCAUCAGCCUCCCUGUGGGGGGCAGCCGUGACAAGGAUCACGGAGGAGUCCUUCACGCUUUCCCCCCAUGUGAGUUCUCACAGCAGUUCUUGGAUGCCUCAGCAAAAGCCUUUGCCAAAUCAGAGGACGACUACAUGGUGAUGGUCAUUAUCAGAGGAGCGUCAUGAAAAAAAAAGUGCAAAUUAUAAAUGUGUCUUUUCACCUUCAUGAACUGUUAAACUUUGAGUUGUAAAAAAAAAAAAAAGACAGGGAGAAGAAAUGGUAGCAAAGCAGAAUAAGAGGAGAUGACAGGGUUCUGAUUUCCCUAACCUGCAUGGUAACCUUUAUCUCACCCUGUUGAAGGUUUAUAGAAAUGAAAGUCACAUUGAAUUGAAUAUGAUUUGAUAAAUUGAUGGAUUUGAUUUAAAUCAUACAGGUGACAUUCUGCCUCCUGCUGCUUGGUUAUCAGGUAGAUGUACAUUACUUGAAGGGUACUCAGCUGAAAGAGCAAGCUACAGUUAGAUGAAUCAUUCCUAUAUGUUGCCUUAAAACACAAUUUUUAAAAAUAUCAUUUCACUCAUCGCCUGGCUAUUAGAUAAAAGAAUUUAAGAUCCAAAACAGAGCAUUUAGCCUUCACUUCAUCUGUACUCAGCAUAGAUUUAAUCCGUCAGUCUCAACGAGUUUGUGGUCCCACAGUGUUUGUACAUUUGGGCUACAAAAUAAUUAAAUCACGUUAAUGCACAUAGAAAUUUUCUCUUGAUUAAGGAAAUAUAGUCUACUUGCUCUAAAGAUUUUCCCCAUUGCUCAUUAGUAGGCAUCUUCAAGAUGUGCAUCUGUAUUACUUUUUGCUGACCAUGCAACAGUCUCAUGUUUGGAGUACUUCCUAAUUCAAAGUUUCAUUAUGAGAGUUUCGCUAAUUAUGUCAUGUAUUGGCCAGUAUUGCUCACAGAGCUACAGAAAACUGUGGAGAAAACCAGUGUACCAACAGUUCUACGAUUAAAUUCUGUUAGUUGUCCUUUUAUGUGGCCUCCGCAGACUAGUUAGUUUUUAAACACCUUAAUCAAUAUCAGAGCAUUAAGGGUUAUAGUAUGAUAAAUGAUGGUGGUGUCAGUGCUUCUUUCUGAGCCACAUCUGGAGGUUGUGUGACAUUUCAUGGUGAAAUUCAUGCCUGUUUUUCUCGGUUUUCACUAAGCAGCCAUAUGCAGGGGGUGGACACAAGCAGCAAGAACCUUACACAUUAUAAUGCAGUUCAAUACAGUCGUCUUACUAAUAAUACUGCCUUUGUAAAGCUUGCUUGGUUUUGUUAAAAUGUCAGAGAGAGGGGUUUUUUUUCCACUCUGUGUUUAUUUCUGGCCCGAAGGUUUAGACGUGAUAUAUUGGACUGCAUUGUAUUGUAAGAUAUUUAUUUCAGUGGUUAAUUUCAAUCUAUAUUCACCAAACUUUCACCAAAAGUUUUGCUUGAAAUUGACAUUGAUUUGCAGAUGAAUUUUCUGUCAGUCAGCUGAUGAGUCUACUUAUCAUUUCAGCUAUAAUAAUAUUACCUUGCAGUUGAUGAAACUCCCCUUAGUCUUAACAAAACUGAACAUUACAACACCUUUCUGUGUUAAUUUGUAUUGUAGGUCCCUUUGUGUUGAAUGGCAGGGUUAUAUUAUACAGGUCUGCUUAAUCGUGUGUCCUCCCCCUUUAUUGUGCUCUUUUAUUAGCACCACAUUCAAUUUGGUUGAACAGUAAUUGGUUGAUUAAAUUCUUCACUCUUGUUCUCUGAUGUUAUAAUCCACUAAUUACAAAUACUACCCCAACAAAGUAUGUACUGUUAAAAAAAAAAAAAAAAAAGAUGCUGUAACCUAUAAAUUAAGAACUAUAUGUAUUGCCAUGCACAUUUCUGAUAGCUGAUCAGGGGUCAGUAAGUGAAAAAUACUGCUAUACUGUCAGUGGACUUGUGUGAUACGCACCUCUGAAUGCAUCAGAGGAGAAGAGGCCGUUGUUGCAGUGGCCUCACGCGCCUUCCUCUGAAAGGACUGUUAAUGAUUUGUUUUUCAUGCUUUGAUUUGAGUACUGUGUUUCAAAUGGAAAAAAGAAAUGAUUUGUGCUGUAUACUCAGGAUAUCUGGAGGGAGAAAUGGAGAACAUCAUUGCUCAUGGGCCUAAGAAGUAUACCUGUCAGAAAGAAAAAAAAAAAAAACGCAAAGUGCAACUUGCACUUGAUAGAUUUUGUCUCAAUAAAUUUGCUCUUU